AUGGGCCGGCACGGUGCUCGCCACACGCGGCUGGCCGUCGUCGCCGCCGCCUCGGUCUUGAUGCUCUACGCCUUCCUCGCUCGCAGGGGAGCCCGCCUCUUGGAUUGGGCGCCCGGCCAUGGGAUGGGAAGCAGACGGAGCCCUGCACCGGAGGCCGUGCCUCGGCCGCCCAGGCUGACGGACGAGUCCAUGUAUCCGUCUGAUCUCGACCGCGUCACCAACAGGACCCUCGGUUUCGAAAAGAUCAUGGUCGUCGGCCUUCGCGAAAGAAGCGACAAGCGGGAUGCCAUCGCCCUCAUGGCCUCGCUGACCGGCAUCGACGUUGACUGGGUCGACGGCGUCCCGUCCUCGUCCAUCUCGGAAAAGGCAGUUCCCUUUGGCAUCGACGUCGACCGCGCAAAGGACAACUUCCUCGGCAGCUGGAGAGGCCACAUGGAUGCCAUCCGACGCGUCGUCGAGAUGGGCUACUCGUCUGCCUUGAUCAUGGAGGACGACGUCGAUUGGGACGUCCACGUCAAGUCGCAGCUCAAGGCCGUCGGCAUGGGCGCCCGGGAGCUGUUUGGGGAGUCUUCGAGGGCGCCGCACUCCCCCUACGGCGACACCUGGGAUGUUCUGUGGCCCGGUCACUGCGGCGAGCUGUUUCCCGAGUUCCUCGACGAGAAUCUCCACCUUGACGAGGAGCAAAUGGCCAAGAUCACGGCCAAGUACAUCGUCAGCAACGACGAGACGGUGCCGCCCUACCGCCACGUCUCCGAUCUCGUCGACUGGUCCGCCUUUCCGCCGCUGACGAGAAUCGUCCACCUGUCGGCCGGCCCCAUCUGCACCUUUGCCUACGCCGUCUCCCAAGCCGGCGCGAGGAAGCUUCUCCACGCCCUGAGCCUCGAGGGCCUGCACAUGGCCUUUGACAACUCUCUCGCCCAAGUCUGCCGCGACUCCAUCCACGACUUGGCCGUCGGCAGCACGGGCGGCUACGACAUGAAAUGCGUCAGCGUCAGCCCGACCAUGAUGUUUCACCACCGACCUCGAGGCCGCAUCGCCGGAGAUAGCGACAUCCAGUCCCCGGGCAAGGACGGCGGCGUUCGCGAGAAGGGCAUCACCGAGUCCAUCAAGUGGAGCGUGAGGCUGAACUCGAAGAACAUGCUGACCGGUCGGCCGUUGGAGUCGCAGUAUGAGGGCGAAGCAGCAUGA